GCGGCUAAAACAACAGAUCAUCCCGCAAAUCAGACCAAGCCUGGCCAGGAUCCGGAGUCUUCAUCAUUUCAAUGGUUUUCGCGAAGAGUCGGACAUGACCAAUGCUAAAUCUGCUUUCCGAGGACUCUGGGAUGUAAGCAUUUUUCAGCAUUUGCCAUUGUUGAAGAACACCGUGUGAAAAGUAACGCUGCCUUUAUUCCCGGAGAUGUGGAAAUGUCUCAUCUCGGGUUUUGCACUUUAUUUCUGAAGUAAACGUGCUCCGAUCAGCGGCCGUUAAGUUUCUGUCCAAGGUUUACUGAAUGCUCGUGUGAGCAGGGGUUUGCUGCUCAUGGUCAAAGCUCCGAGCUCGGACUGGGUUAUUUUCCUCGUAUGGUAGGGCCAGCUUUACAUUAAUUACCGAGGAAUCAAAAAUCGAAACUGACAUUUUCAUUGGCAAGAUUGAUGAACUUCGUGCGAUUUGAUGCAGUGAUGCACAGAGCGGCUGGAACACAACUUCUGGGAAGUAUUGACGUCAAGAAGAUCUUUCUAAUUCUGAUUUAUCUGGACUCCAUCAUCACAGUGCAAAGCAACCCACCAGAAUGUGACAUUCCCAAUAUUCUCAGAAAAGAAGAAGAGAAGUGUUUUGAGAAGUUGAUAAUUGAUGAAAACAAUUUUGAGAAGCAGAAAUUUCAGGCAGGCUGUGAAGGAAUGUGGGAUAACUUGACAUGUUGGCCUUUCUCCUCACAUGGAAAGACUGUUACUCUACCUUGCCCCAAUGUGAUCUAUCUUUUGACUCAAAAGAAAGGUUUCAUUUCUCGAAAUUGCACAAGUGAGGGGUGGUCUGAUAUAUUUCCUGAAUACAGAACAGCUUGUGGAUAUGACAUGGAUGAUACCACAAAUGAUGUCAAGACAGCAUUCUACAUGAAACUGAAAAUCAUUUACACUGUGGGAAACAGCAUUUCUUUCAUAUUCCUGUCUACAGCAGUCACAAUCCUAAGCCUAUUUCGGAAGCUUCACUGUACCAGGAAUUAUGUUCAUAUGCAUUUGUUUGUGUCAUACAUUCUUCGUGCAAUUUCAAUCUUCAUAAAAGACAGUGUCCUGUUUUCCAGUGAGGAUAAUCAUCACUGCACUAUUUACCCGGUUGAAUGUAAAAUCGCUAUUGUUUUCUUCCAAUACUGUGUCCUGGCUAAUUUCAGUUGGUUGCUGGUAGAAGCAUUGUACUUGCACACACUUCUGGUGGUAUCUGUCUUUACAGAGCAAAAAUAUUUCAGAUGGUACGUCAUUCUAGGAUGGGGUGCACCAACAGUUUUUAUCAUACCAUGGUCAAUUACAAGACAGAUAUUUGAGAAUGUCGGCUGCUGGAAUGUUAACUCGGAUGUACGUAUAUGGUGGAUCAUUAAAGGACCUCCAGUUGUAUCAAUUUUGAUUAACUUUGUUCUCUUUGUACGCAUCAUUCGGACAUUAAUGAAAAAGCUGAUUAUGCCUGAUGCGGUGGGAAAAGAUUUAAACCAGUACAGGAGGCUUGCAAAGUCCACUCUCUUCUUAAUCCCAUUGUUCGGAAUCCACCAUAUUGUUUUUGCAUUUCUUCCGGAUAUUGAAAACAACCUUGCGGUGUACUUGCGAGUAGGCUUUGAGCUUGGUCUUGCAUCGUUUCAGGGAUUUGCUGUUGCAUUACUCUACUGUUUCCUUAAUGGUGAAGUUCGUUCUGAAAUCCAGAGAAAAUGGAGACGAUGGAGGUUAAAGAAAUAUUUUGCUGUCAAUUUACGCAACCAAAAAACUUCCAUAAUUGCCAGUGGGGUGACUGGUGCAAUCCAAGUAUCACUGUUGACGAGGUGCAGUACCAUGGAUAAACGGGAAUUUGCUUAAGAAGCAUCAUAUGUUCUUUAAAAGAUCACAUGAAAUGUAAUACUUCAAAUGCUUUUCCAAAAGAAUAUGGGGAAAAAUAUCUA